AUGAUAAAAUAUGAACAUCGUAUAUCUGAAGGCAACACACCUGAAGUUAAAGGAACUCCACCACCUCAGUCUACUGAACAGAGUGUUACAACAGCGAAUUCUCCUUUGGAAACACCGGCAAGUCCUUUCUCCCUAAGACUGGUGAAUGGAAAGAACAGCUGUGAGGGUCGCCUUGAAGUCUACCAUGAUGGGACCUGGGGAACUGUCUGUGAUGACGAUUGGGACUUGAAAGAUGCUCAGGUUGUGUGCCAACAACUUGGUUGUGGAGAAGCCACUUCAGCCCUGCCAAGUGCCUACUUUGGCCAAGGCUCUGGCAGCAUCCUCCUGAAUGCAGUACAUUGUGAAGGGAAUGAAUCUUCUUUUGAGGACUGUUCUCAUAAUGGAUGGGGAGUCCAUGACUGCAAACAUAAGGAAGAUGCCAGUGUUAUCUGCUCAGGACCCAUAACCACCACAGAAAUACCCAUUACAUCAGGAACUCCACAACCUCAAUCUACUGAACAGAGUGUUACAACAGCGAAUUCUCCUUUGGAAACACCGGCAAGUCCUUUCUCCCUAAGACUGGUGAACGGAAAGAACAGCUGUGAGGGUCGCCUUGAAGUCUACCAUGAUGGGACCUGGGGAACUGUCUGUGAUGACGAUUGGGACUUGAAAGAUGCUCAGGUUGUGUGCCAACAACUUGGUUGUGGAGAAGCCACUUCAGCCCUGCCAAGUGCCUACUUUGGCCAAGGCUCUGGCAGCAUCCUCCUGAAUGCAGUACAUUGUGAAGGGAAUGAAUCUUCUUAGGACUGUUCUCAUAAUGGUUGGGGAGUCCAUGACUGCAAACAUAAGGAAGAUGCCAGUGUUAUCUGCUCAGGUACAUCCAGUAAUACUCCACUGGUGAAUGGAGAGAACAGCUGUCAGGGUCGCCUUGAAGUCCACCAUGAUGGGACCUGGGGAACUGUCUGUGAUGAUGAUUGGGACAUGAAGGAUGCUCAGGUGGUGUGCAAAGAACUUGGUUGCGGAGAAGCCACUUCAGCUCCACUAAGUGCCUACUUUGACCAAGAUCUGGCAGUAAUCUUCAUGGAUGCGUACAGUGCAAAUGGAAAUGAAUCUUCUCUUAAGGACUGCUCCCAUAAGGGAUGGGGGGUUCCAUGACUGGCAAACAUAAGGAAGAUGCCAGCGUUAAUCUGCUCAGGUACCUCCAAAUCCCUAAGACUGGUGAAUGGGGAAAACAGGUGCCAAGGUCGUGUUGAAGUCUACCACGAUGGGACCUGGGGAACUGUCUGUGAUGAUGAUUGGGACAUGAAGGAUGCUCAGGUGGUGUGCAAAGAACUUGGUUGCGGAGAAGCCACUUCAGCUCCACUAAGUGCCUACUUUGACCAAGGAUCUGGCAGUAUCUUCAUGGAUGCAGUACAGUGCAAAGGGAAUGAAUCUUCUCUUAAGGACUGCUCCCAUAAGGGAUGGGGGGUCCAUGACUGCAAACAUAAGGAAGAUGCCAGCGUUAUCUGCUCAGAACACAGACUGGUGAAUGGGGAAAACAGGUGCCAAGGUCGUGUUGAAGUCCACCAUGAUGGGACCUGGGGAACUGUCUGUGAUGAUGAUUGGGACAUGAAGGAUGCUCAGGUGGUGUGCAAAGAACUUGGUUGCGGAGAAGCCACUUCAGCUCCACUAAGUGCCUACUUUGACCAAGGAUCUGGCAGUAUCUUCAUGGAUGCAGUACAGUGCAAAGGGAAUGAAUCUUCUCUUAAGGACUGCUCCCAUAAGGGAUGGGGGGUCCAUGACUGCAAACAUAAGGAAGAUGCCAGCGUUAUCUGCUCAGAUCCUUUCUCCCUAAGACUGGUGAAUGGGGAAAACAAGUGCCAAGGUCGUGUUGAAGUCUACCAUGACGGGAGCUGGGGAACAGUCUGUGAUGAUGAUUGGGACAUGAAGGACGCUCAGGUUGUGUGCAAAGAACUUGGUUGUGGAGAAGCCACUUCAGCUCCACUAAGUGCCUACUUUGACCAAGGAUCUGGCAGUAUCCUCCUGGAUGCAGUACAGUGCAAAGGGAAUGAAUCUUCUCUUAAGGACUGCUCCCAUAAGGGAUGGGGAGUUCAUGACUGCAAACAUAAGGAAGAUGCCAGCGUUAUCUGCUCUGGACCUCCAACCACCACAGAAGCACCCAUUACAUCUGGAACUCCACCACCACAGUCUACAGGACAGAGCAUUACAACUGUAAGAACUAAUGUGAGCAUUGACACCUCUGAGGAGCACUCCUGCACCUCGGCCGAGCACCAAGGCGUCCACUACUUCUGUACUUCACAAUGGAAUUUGGGGACAGUCUGCGACGAUGAGUGGGACUUAAGCGAUGCAAGUGUUGUGUGCAGGCAGCAGGAAUGUGGACCCGCUCGCUCAGCAACAGCAAAUGCUCUGUUUGGUGUAGGCUCAGGGCCAAUUAUUAUGGAUGAUGUCAGGUCUGGCAGUGAAAUCAGCUUGAGUCAGUGCUCCCACAGAGGCUGGGGAUUGCACAAUUGUCUCCAUCGAGAAGAUGCUGGUGUCAUCUGCUCAGCAUCUGUGAAACUAGUCAAUGGAAGACACAGGUGUGAAGGACGGGUUGAAGUGCUUCACAAUGGAAGGUGGGGGACGGUCUGCGAUGAUGCAUGGGACUUAACUGAUGCAAGUGUCGUAUGCAGGCAGCUUGGAUGUGGGCCUGUUAUUGCAGCACCAGGACAGGCUCGAUUCGGUCCUGGUCCAGGCACAAUCCAUCUUGAUGAUGUCUCCUGCACUGGGAAUGAAUGGCAGUUGGGCCAGUGCUCUCACAGAGGCUGGGGGGUACAUAAUUGCCUCCGCAGUGAAGAUGCUAGUGUCAUCUGCUCAGAACCAGUCCAGACCACUCCUGCUCCAACAGAAGCAGCUGUGAAACUAGUCAAUGGAAGACAUGCGUGUGAGGGACGGGUUGAAGUCUAUCACAACGGAAGAUGGGGGACAGUCUGUGACGAUUUGUGGGGCAUGCCCCAUGCACAAGUUGUGUGCAGGAAGCUUGGAUGUGGAGACGCUAUCUCGGCACUAGGAAAAUCUCAGUUUGGUGAAGGCUCAGGCCCAAUUCUUAUGGAUGAUGUCCACUGCACUGGGAAUGAAGACAGCUUGAGUCAGUGCUCCCACAGAGGCUGGGGAGUGCACAAUUGUCUCCAUAAAGAAGAUGCUGGUGUCAUCUGUUCAGCAAAGGCUGCCCCCCAAGCCACCACUACAGCAGGUAAUUAAUAUUUUUGUGAUAUACAAAUAAUUCAGACAUGAGUGUUUUUAGAGUUGAAAAUAUGUGCUGUCUCACAACACCAGGAAUGCCUGGUAUUUGUCAAGAAACCGCUGCCUACACUGGCAUUUUUG